GUUUUAAAUCAGCUACAUUUACGCUGCGUUGUGCGGUCCUUGUGAGUGCUAUAAAAACCACUCACUGUCAAUUUCAACCCCGUUUCCUAUUAUCUUCGAUCUCCCGGACACACACUCUCGCUCUCUCAGUGCUCCAGUUGAUUGAAAAGCUAUCAAUGAUGCUGCUUCUGUAGAACACCUCCUUCCUUGCAAGGAAUUUUGUUGCUUGCUGGUUUUAAUCAUGGCAACACUUCUUCCUUCCUUUGCAAUAAGUCGUUGCUGCUAUAGCUGUGGAGCUGUGGAGUCAUCAAAAUUGACACUCACCACGCGUUACACAUCUGGCAAAAAAAUGGAGCUAGGGUUUGGGAGAACGGAUGUAGAAAAAAGGCUCUUGGUUGGUGAAGUUGCACAAAAUGUCAGAAGUACUCUGCAUUGGAAUCAUAAUUCAGGAGUAUUUGCUGCUGCAAGGGUCCCAGUUCAGGAAACUGAACAAAUAUUAUCUACAAUCACUGAAGUUGAUGAACUUCAAAAGGUAUCAAGUUAUCUGUUUAGGACACAAAUUGGUGGUAAUGUUAAAGUUUCUGUUAGAAAGAAAAAUGCCAAAUAUGCAGUUUACAUUGAGGUUUCAUCCCUGGAACUGGGUAAUAGUGACUACCGACUGGUGCUUGCUUGGGGAAUAUAUCGAUCUGAUUCAUCAUGUUUCAUGCCUCUAGAUUCUCAACGUUUAGACCCAGUUGCCAGGACCAUGGAAACUCCAUUUGUACAAAAUGCUUUUGCUAUAUUUUCACUUGAAUUGGAGUUUGAAGCAAAACAAACUCCCUUCUCUCUCUCAUUUCUACUGAAAUCUAUGUUUAAUACCGAUUCAAGUGGCUCAGAGAUCAGGAACCAUAAGAAGGCUAAUUUUUCUGUGCCAAUUGGUUUUAGUUCGGGUUAUCCAGAUCCACUGGGCCUUUCCUUUUCAACUGAUGGCUCCAUGAAUUUUGCAUUUUUUUCAAGAAAUGCAGAAGGUGUGGUUCUGUGCUUGUAUGAUGACUCUACAACAGACAAACCUGCUUUAGAGCUUGAUCUCGAUCCAUAUGUUAAUCGAUCAGGCGAUGUCUGGCACGCCUCACUGGAAGGGGCGUGCACAUUUUCAAGCUAUGGUUACCGGUGCAUGGGAGGUAUUCUUCAGGGAGAAACAGGUAAAGAUUAUGUAGAGCGUGUUCUUUUGGAUCCCUAUGCUAGAAUCAUUGUUAAUUUCACAGCAGAUCAUGGAUCUCAUUCGUCACUGAAGUAUCUUGGACGAUUAUGCAAGGAGCCUGCUUUUGAGUGGAGUGAUGAAGUUUAUCCAAAUUUGGACAUGGAGAAACUAGUUGUCUAUCGAUUGAAUGUGAAGCGUUUCACUGAGCACAAGUCUAGUCAGCUCUAUAGUGAUAUAGCGGGCACCUUUGCUGGUUUGACUGAGAAGUUGAACCAUAUAAAAAAUCUUGGUGUAAAUGCAGUCUUAUUAGAGCCAAUAUUUCCAUUUGAUGAAGAAAAAGGGCCGUUUUUUCCACGGCACUUCUUUUCACCAUCAAAUAUAUAUGGGCCUUCUGGUGGCUCUAUUUCUGCUAUUACCUCAAUGAAGGAGAUGGUGAAGCAAUUUCAUGCCAAUGGGAUUGAGGUUUUACUUGAAGUUGUUUUCACCCAUACUGCUGAAGGCGGAUCACUGCAAGGAAUUGAUGACUUCUCUUAUUAUUAUGCAAAUAGAGCUGUAGAGUUGGAAUCUAGAAAUGCUUUGAAUUGUAAUUAUCCUAUUGUUCAAAGGAUGAUUCUAGAUAGUCUUCGGCACUGGGUGACCGAGUAUCACAUUGAUGGUUUCUGUUUUAUAAAUGCUUCAUUUCUGCAGAGAGGCUUUCAUGGUGAAAUUCUAUCUCGCCCUCCCUUGGUUGAAGCAAUUGCCUUUGAUCCACUGCUCUCAAAGACCAAGAUCAUUGCUGACUGCUGGGAUCCAGAAGACGUGAUACCAAAGGACACCUGCUUCCCUCAUUGGAAAAGAUGGGCAGAGAUGAAUGCAAAAUUUUGUUUUGAUGUCAGAAAUUUUUUGAGAGGUGAAAGUCUUCUUAGUGACCUUGCAACACGGCUUUGUGGGAGUGGAGACAUCUUUUCAAGUGGACGAGGGCCAGCUUUUUCUUUCAAUUAUGUUGCCAGGAACUCCGGACUUCCUCUAGUGGACUUAGUCAGCUUCAGUAGCAGUGAGCUAGCCUCAGAAUUAAGCUGGAAUUGUGGAGAAGAAGGAGCAACAAACAAAACCCCUGUCCUUGAAAGGAGACUUAAACAAAUUCGUAACUAUCUCUUCAUUCUUUAUGUUUCUUUGGGUGUACCUGUUCUCAAUAUGGGAGAUGAGUGUGGCCAAUCUUCAAAUGGUUCCACUUCAUAUGGUGAUAGAAAACCUUUUGAUUGGAAUGCUUUGUCAAUGGGUUUUGGUAUUCAAAUGACACGGUUCAUCUCAUUCAUGAGUUCAUUAAGAAGGAGGCGAAGUGAUGUCCUCCAAAAGAGGAACUUCAUGAAGGAAGAAAAUAUUGAUUGGCAUGGAAGUGGUCAGUCUCCACCAAGAUGGGAAGAUCGAUCCUGCAAAUUCCUGGCCAUGACAUUGAAGACCGAGAAAACAGAGAACAAGUUGAGCCCUGAAUCUUCCAACAUAAAGGGUGACCUAUUCAUGGCUUUCAAUGCAUAUCCCCAUUCAGAGAGCGUUAUUCUACCACCAGUUCCUGAAGGAAUGACAUGGCAUCGGCUGGUUGACACCUCUCUUCCAUUUCCAGGGUUCUUUUCCGAAGAUGGUGAACCAGUUUUUGAACAGAUGGCAGGGUUAAUUGCUUACGAAAUGAAAUCUCACAGCUGCACUCUGUUUGAAGCCACUAGCCUUGGUGGUUGAUACCUUCCCCCUUGCUCAUUUUCUUUAAUUCCAAAUUUGUAGUUAUAGGAUUGAGCCCCCUGUAGAAUAAUGCCAUGGUAAGAAAUUGAGGCAUGACUUGCACCUAGUAUAUACAUACAAGUUUUUCAAUAAAAUGAUUACUUGCUAAUUUUUUCAA